AAAUAUUAUUGCUUGAGUUAUUUUCAAGCAAUUUCUGCAAAAAAAUAUGAGUCACCUCUCAACGUCCAAAUGUACUAAUAUUUUUACAGAUGCGCCCUGGUCUAUAAUUAAAAUUGUGAAAAUGGAUGUUUUGAAUAAAAUUUCGUAUCUCCGAACAUUUAUUUGUUAGGGUCCGUAUAUAAUAUAAUCGUUAUCGUCUCCAACACAAAAAUCUCUUUACAGACUCUGAAGCUCGCUCGUGUUGAAAGUGAAAAGAAUUGUGCCUAUCAAGAUGUCCGAUCAAAGUGUAAGUGACGAGUUUGUGAGAAACAUUGAAGAUCUGUUAGUGAAAGGAAAAAUAUCUGAAGUUAUACUACUGUUUUCUGCCUCAGAAAAUACUGCUAAGAUCAGUAGAUGUUCCUGUGAACUAAUUUCAACCCUUAUCAAACAUCUAAAAGACGUAGAUACAAAUUCGGAACUGUUUUUAAAUACUAAAAAACUCUUAAAUGCUGUUAUAGUGAUGUCGUGUCCCGAAGAAACAGUGUUACAGAUACUGGAAGAAAUAGAAGAGGCGGACAGUGAUAUUAAGUUCCAAGCUCUAUUAGAACCUUUAUUGCUAGUUCUUUCAAAGAUACGGAAGAAAAAAUCAUUAUUUCUUGCUUGGGCAUUAAAUGCUGUACAUAAAUAUUUUUUGAAGUAUGCUAUACCAGAACCUGCGAAUUUACAAGGCAAAGAAAAGAUGCUGCUAGAUGAUAAUGAUGAAACUAAGGCUAUUAAUGAAAUUUAUAAGACUGUGUUAGGUUUUUAUGAAAAGUUGAAUCUUGAUUUUUUAGAUGACUUAGAAUUUUUAGAGGAAACAUCUUUUAUGCGACUAAAAUUCUUAAUACAGUUGUUAGGCAGACCACUAGUGUACUUGGAUGUUGAAACAUUCGAUGAUUUUAAGAGUAAAGCUAGAUUGUUGUCAGAAAGCAUAAUUUUUGUGAUAUUUCAGCUAAGGACUGAUCCAGUAUCUUUAAUAGAUAACUGUUUCAAUGAUUCUGAUGACGAUUUAAGAAUUAGUAAAGCAGAUUUAGCUUCUUUGUAUUAUUUGGUAUAUACUGAAGGAAUAAGCAUUUACGGUACACCAAGAGUCUACCAUCCAGUUUAUUUUUUUCAAAAAAGCCUCUUUUUAGCAACUACGUUUUUGAAAGUUAGCCACGAUAUUGUUGUAGAAAAGGGACUGAAAUUGGCUAUGACUUUUCUUGGCCAUUUAAAACACAUACAGCUGCCUUAUAUUCUAUUAGAUUCAGAUGAUCAUGAAGAAUUUUGUAGAGCGUUAUCAGACGUUAUUGUUUACAACGAAAAAGAAUCUUUAAGAAAGUUGGGUUUGAACGUCUAUACAGUGUAUUUAUCCUCUUUUGAGACACGAGGAUUCUAUUUACUAAUUUACCACCUUAUGUCUAUUGUUACACAUUCAGGAUUGAGGGGUUAUUCGAUUACAUUGUACAAAAAUCUCGUAGUGAAAGAAUUUCAAACGCAGAAAGAUCCCAGUGAGUUUUCUGUGUACGUAAAAGGUAAAAAACUGUUAAGUUUGCUUAAAAGGUUUUGUACUUUAAACGAAGAUAGUGAUUUGGCUGAUUUGUCAGAUGAAAUAAUAGCUUCCUUGAACUUCUUGAGGUAUCUAACAAUAAGAGAUACAGAAAAUAUUACAGGUAUUUGGGAUUAUCUUCCUGUUAUAGACAAAACAUACCUGCAAGUUUUACGAAGAGCCAUUGAAGUAUCUAGAACCAGUUAUAAAUUUCAAAUUAUGGAGAUUGAAAAAGAAAGAGAUUUAUCAAAAAAAGCUGAUCUGGAUAUUAUGGUUAAGGGUGAGAGUUUGUCACAAUUGAGCAAGUCUGAGAAGAUACAGAGGUUGAAUCAGGUCUGGACAGUCUUUGAUGUGAUUGAUAGUAUUUUAAGCAGAUUACAGCAGUGUAUAGAUGCAGGAAAGAUAUGUUUGAAUGAAAAUAAGACUAAACAGAAUUAGUUUUCAUAGUAAAGAUGUCUAAGAAAUAUAAAAUAUGAUAUAGUUACAAUGUAAGAAUACUGUUUUAUCUUAAAAUGACCCAUAAAUGUUUCUUAAAUUGUUUUAAUAUCUUUAACAUAACUCAAUUGGGAUGGUUUUUACCCCUGAAAAAAACUUCAAUAUUUCUUUCUUUGUUGUACUGCUCAGCAUUAACUUUCUUGAUUUUCUCAAUUUAGCAAUUUUAAGAUUUGAAUGUCUUCUUCCAAGGUAACAAUAUGAUUGUAAGGAUUCACCUGUUAGUCCAGCCGUCAGAGAUCGUCAGAGAUUUGAUCUUUAAAAACUAGACUCACAAACUGAAUUUUCUGAGAAUAUCUAUUUUGGGACCCCAAAAAAUGCAAAAAAAUUCCACUCCUACCACCAGGCUUCUAAACCCUCCUCGUAGCGGAAUAAGGAAAACAUUGAUUUACUAAGAAUCUGUACGUCGUAGAAAAAAUAUUUCAAGCAAGAAAUGUAGCUGAUGAUUUUAAACAAAAAAGUUUAUUAGUACUUUUUGUGUAGAAUGAACAGCGAACUGUCAAUCAUCAUUCUCUUUGCCUUAUCCCUAUGCGGGGUCGGCUUCCCUAAUUGCAUUUCUCCAUACAAUUCUAUCUUGAGUCAUAUAAUAUUAAUCCCCUUUACCAACAUGUCCUGCCUAAUCGUCUCCCCCCAUGUCUUCUUUGGUCUUCCUCUCCUACUCCUUCCAGGAAUCUGCACUUCAGCAAUUCUUCGUAUUGGGUGAUUAGUGUCUCGACGUUGAACAUGACCAAACCAUCUCAACCUAUGCUCUCUCAUUUUGGCAUCAAUUUGUGCCACACCUAGACUUCCCCUAAUAUACUCAUUUUUAAUUUUAUCCUUUUUUGUCACUCCACUCAUCCAUCUAAGCAUUCUCAUUUCCGCAACAUGCAUUCGUUGUUCCUCUUUCUUUUUCACUGCCCAACAUUCAGUUCCGUACAUCAUAGCCGGUCUUAUGGCUGUUUUAUAGAAUUUUCUCUUCAACUUCAUUGGAAUUUUCCUGUCACACAGCACACCACUCGCUUCCUUCCAAUUCACCCAUCCAGCCCUAAUUCUACUGCAUGCAUCUCCAUCUAUUUCUCCAUUACUCCGUAAUACCGAUCCCAGCUACUUAAAACGAUUGCUUUUUACCAUCAGUUCACCAUCCAAAGAUACCAUGUUAUUUGUAGUAACUCCAUCUUUAAAUGAACAUUGCAAAUACUCUGUCUUUGUCCUACUAAGUUUUAAACCUUUUUCCUCCAGAACUUGUCUCCACUGUUCCAGUUUUUGUUCUAAGUCUCUUUCACUAUUUCCUACUAACACGACAUCAUCAGCAUACAUUAAGCACCAUGGAAUGUUACCCUGUAGUUUCUCUGUUAUUUGGAAAUUUUCUGAAAUUUAUCAGUCUCUCCCACACCUGUCCUAAUACUAGUCGGUACUCCCUCAUACAUAUCCCUCAAUCUUUACAUAUUCACCAGGGACUCCUUUCUUAUUGAGUGCCCACCACAGAAUCUCUCGAGGAACUCUAUCAUAUGCUUUCUCAAGAUCAAUGAAUACCAUAUGAGCGUUUGUUUCUUUACUCCCGUAUUUUUCCAUCAACUGCCUUAUAAUGAAAAUCGCAUCUGUUGUUGAUCUGCCCUGCAUAAAGCCAAACUGAUUCUCAGAUAUGUCGGUCUCUUUACGUAUCAAUUACUCUUUCCCAUAUUUUCAUGGUGUGGCUAAGCAGUUUUAAAGCCCUGUAGUUUGUACAUUGUUGUAUCUCCCUUGUUUUUGUCAACGAACAACGAACUGUCAAUACGGAUGGAGUGGCUCCGUCCCAUUCAAACAGUGAAGCGAGAUUGCGGCCAACAUACAAGUGAGAGGUCCUAGAGAGAGACAGAGCAUGCCAGGGAAAAUUUGCUAUAACCACCACCAGAGUUGCCAGAUGUGAUCUUAUAAAUCCUCCACUUAGAAACUGAAAUUCCCUCAAAUUGAAACUCAAACCCAUUAAAUUUAAAUGUUUGCCGCAUUUUAAUAAAUUAGUAGUUAACUGUAGAGAACAGUAAACCAAAAUUAUACUACUUAUCAAUAGAAGGCCCUGGAAAUAAUUCAUAGAUCCUAUCGUCUUCGAUUAUAUGAGAGUAUAAUAUAGGUACAGUUCUAUGUAUAUACGCAAAUUGAAUUUACCAUAACCCCUUAAAAUCCGUCAUAAUUGUCCCCCCCCCCCCCAACCAUUUUUGCUUAGAAAAAUUCCUCUAGACGCUUUCAAAUUACUCCAAAAUUAUGGGAAAAUACCCCAAGCUGGCAACCCUGACUGCCACGAUCAAUUUUUUUGUUUACGAAAGAUGGCGAUUAUCUUCUAUCCUUCCCUGACUAAACUCUCUCAUCCUGGCCGCAUUAAAUUCACUUCUUGCCCAUUCAUACGUAUUGACAACAGUUCAAGUUCAUUGAGAAUGAACCAUUCUGACAGAAACGUAACCGACCGGCCAUUUUGAAUGACAAUAAUUAUAUGCGCGAAAUCAGUUUUUUAAAUAAAAUUUAUAUCAACUCAACUCGAUUUUUAUCAUGCGUUUUAAAAGUGAAAAAUGCAGCUGUCAGAUACAAUAAUUAUAAGUUACCGCAAAUGGAAGUUUAAGCAAAUCUUCCACAGGUGAAAUGGUUUGUAAUGUGAAAUUCCACGGUGACUCACUGGUCAAUGGAAGUGAUAAGUUUUAUUGAUCUUAUGAGAAUUUAAAAAAAAUGGCCAAAUUCGCACAUUUAUUUAACAUCUUUGUAGAAUCUGACUUCAUUUGCGGCAAAAUACAAAAGCUGCAUACGAAAGCUGCAUUCUUGACCUUAAAAACGCAUUUUGAUUUCUGUUGAUAGGACACUCUGAUCAAAAGAUUUAGAAUUUCUACUAUUAGGGGAAGCAAUAAAGCACUAAAAUCUGCCUUACCUCCGAAAAAAAAACGACAAGACGGAUUUUAAUAAUUCUUUUUACAUUGGAUUCGUGAAUGCGCCAGGAAACUUUGUAACCCAGAGCCAUAUUGAAAAACUGCAUACAAAAAAUGCAUUCUUAAAGUGCAUCUCAAACAGACAAUAAAAAAAAUUCAGAACUCGUCAAUUAUCGGCAGAGAUGAGUUCAAUUUUGUUACUCGGGGGGUUUUUGAGGUCGCUGAAAACGAAUAUGACGUCGAAAGUGAUCUCCGGAGUACCUGGUGCCUAGGGUAUCUACUGUUUACCUCGUCUUGUGGAGUUUUCGGCAAAUUCAUUAAAAAUUAGUCAAAAAUCAUUACUCGGGGGUUUAGGGGUCGCUAACGACGAAUAUGACAUCGGAAGUGAUUUCCGGAGUACCUGGUGCCCAGGGUACCUAUUGUUUACCUCGUCUUGUGGAGUCUUCGGCAAAGAAUUUAUUAAAAAAUUAGUCAAAAAUAAUUACUCGGGGGUUUUUGGGGUCGCUAACGACGAAUAUGACAUCGGACGUGUUCUACGGAGUACCUGGUACUCAGGGUACCUACUGUUUACCUCGGUUUCUGGAGUUUUCGGCAAAUUCAUUAAAAAAUUACUCAAAAUUCAUUAGUCUGGCGGUUUUUGGGGUCUUUGACGACGAAUAUGACAUCGGAAAUGAUCUCCGGAGUACCUGGUGCCCAGGUUACCUACUGUUUACCUCGUCUUCUAGAGUUUUAGGCAAAUUCAUUAAGAAAUUAGUCAAAAAUCAUUAGUCACGAGAUCAACAGUAGGUACCCUGGGCACCAGGUACUCCGGAGAUCACUUCCGAUAUCAUAUUCGUCGUCAGAGACCCCAAAAACCCCCGAGUAAUGAAUUUUGACUAAUUUUUUAAUGAAUUUGCCGCAAACUCCAGAAAACGAGGUAAACAGUAGGUACCUUGGUACUCCGUAGAUCACUUCCGAUGUCAUAUUCGUCGUCAGCGACCCAAAAACCUAAGAGUAAUGAUUUUUGGCUAAUUUUUUAAUUAAUUGCCGAAAACUCCAGAAGAAGUAGGUACCCUGGACACCAGGUAUUGCGUAGAACACUUCCGAUGUCAUAUUCGUCGUUAGCGACCCCAAAAACCCCCGAGUAAUUAUUUUGACUAAUUUUUUAAUAAAUUCUUUGCCGAAAACUCCACAAGACGAGGUAAACAAUAGGUACCCUGGGCACCAGGUACUCCGGAAAUCACUUCCGAUGUCAUAUCCGUCGUCAGCGACCCCAAAAACCCCCUAGUAAUGAUUUUUGACUAUUUUUUUAAUGAAUUUGCCGAAAACUUCACAAUACGAGGUAAACAGUAGGUACCCUGGGCACCAAGUACUCAGGAGAUCACUUUCGACGUCAUAUUCGUUUUCAGCGACCUCAAAAACCUCUCGAGUAACAAAAUUGAAGUCAUUUCCGCCGAUAAUUGACGAGUUCUGAAUUUUUUUAUUGUCUGUUUGAGAUGCACUUUAAGAAUGCAUUUUUUGUAUGCAGUUUUUCAAUCUUAUAUCAUGGCUCGUGGUAACAAAGUUUCCUGGAGCAUUCACGAAUCGAAUGCAAAAAGAAUUAUUAAGAUCCGUCUUGUCGUUUUUUUUUUCGGAGGUUCAGUGCUUUAUUGUUUCGACUACAUAUACAGGGUGAGGCAAAUAAAGGGCCUAUUAGAAAUAUCUCGAGAACUAAAGGCAACAGAAUCAUGAAAAUUUGAAUUAAGGGGUUUUGAAGAGUCAUCUAUUUAAUGAAAAUAUUUUCAUCUAUUUGCUACUUCCGGUUAUACCGGCAGUUGCUUAUAACUUCGUUUUUUAAAUGGGACACCCUGUAUAUUUUUACAUUUUGGAUUCUCUUCGGUGUUUUCUUUCUUAAAAUAUGAGGUUUUGUAAUGUUAUACAGGGUAUUUUAAAAGAUAAUUACGUUUUUUUAUUAAUUUUGUAGCAACAUUCACACCCUGUAGAAUUGUAGUAGUUUGACCUCUAAAACUCUACUUACGUUCAAAUGACUUUUAAAAUAGUCUACUAUUGUUAAGAAUCAUUAGUAUAGCUAAAUUUUUAAUUUUAGUAUACAGGGUUGGUCGAAACUCGGAAUGAGUAUUUUCUGAGUUUUCUUAAAUGGAACACCCUGUAUUUUAAUAUUGUAAUGAAAUGAUAUUUUAUGGUACUUUUUUAUUUUUUAAGCAUUCCCUAUACCUAACUGCUUUAAUUUGUGCUUAAUUUUUAAUCGCACCAACAAUCUUAACUAUGUAGGUAUUUUGAUAGCUACACCAUUAUUGAUAAUUUUAAGGAUCAGUCUGGAUUAAUAUGUAUUUAUUUCUGAAAAAUUAUUUGUGGUAGAAUUUUUUCACGGCCAACCUAAUAAAGUUUUACGUAUUUUUUGUUGCAAUUAAUGUUUAGCUUGAAUCACCAAUAACUCACAAAUUAAAACAAUUAGUAUAGAGAAUACUUACAAAAUAAAAAAGUACCAUGAAAUAUCAUUUCAUUACAAUACUAAAAUACAGGGUGUUCCAUUUAAAAAAACUCAGAAAAUAUUCAUUCCGAGUUUCGACUAACCCUGUAUACUAAAAUUUCAAAAUUAGCUAUACUAAUGAUUCUUAACAAUAGUAGACUAUAUUAAAAAUCACUUGAACGUAAGCAGAGUUUUUAAUGUCAAACUAUUACAAUUUUACAGGGUGUGAAUGUUGCUACGAAAUUAAUAAAAAAAAACGUAAAUAUCUUUUAAAAUACCCUGUAUAAUAUUACAAAAACUCAUAUUUUAAGAAAGAAGAUAUUAAGGAGAAUCCAAAAAUGUAAAAAUAUACAGGGUUUCCCAUUUAAAAAACGAAGUUAUAAAUACCGGAAGUUGCAAAGAGAUGAAAAUAUUUUCAUUUAAUAGAUCAUCCUUCAAAACCCCUUCAGUCCAAUCUUCAUGAUUUUGUGGCCUUUAGUUCUCGAGAUAUUUCUAAUAGGCCAGUUAUCUGCCUCACCCUAUAUAGAUUUGAUACAAUUUUUGUUUGAAAAAUUUCUAUCACGCGCGUAAUUAACAUUCAAAAUCGCUGGCUGCUUCAAGUGUUGUUUCGGAGAGAACGGUUCAUUCUUCACAAAAAGUGCUAAUAGACAUUUUUGUUUAAAAUUAUCUCAGCUACAUUUCUUGUUUGAACCAUUUUUUGUAUAUCGUACAGAUUCUUGGUAAAUCCAUGUUUUCCGUUUUCCCCUUACUAGGGGUGGUUGUAGGAAUAAUCCUGGGGGUAGGAUUUGUUUGCUUUUUUUGGGGUUCUAGUUCAGUCUGUUCGUAUGAUUUUUAGAGGUUUGGUGACAUUUUUAUCUCUAAAUAGAAAAAGACUGGUUGACUUGUACACACUUCUAUAUAAAUCAAAACGGGAACUGGUGUAUGUUUUCAAAAAACUGAUCGAGUGUAAAGAAAUUUAUUAUAAUUCAGCUAAGUAUUUUCAGCAUUUUAAAUGCCAUCAUCAGAGCUAUCGUCUCAUAGUUGUAAAUACCUCAAAUGAAGAGAAAUAAUAAAUAAUAAUAAUAAAAUUUAUUACACUUAAAUACAUUAAGUUUUAACAAAAAAAGAAAUGUAUAAAGCCAGUCAAAGAUACAGGUUUAAAAUUAUGACAUUUACAUAAAAGUAAAAAAAAACAAUAAUUGGCAGGUGCACUACUUACAUAAGUUUAUAUAGGUACAUUUAGAUAUGUUAGUUCCAUGUACUAUUCAUAAAAUCGUUUGUUAUAUACGGUUCUAAUUUACACAAAAAGCUUACAAUCUCCCUUUUUAUCAUGGAGAUAUCAUCAGAUAUCUUAAAAUGUAGAGGCAGGUGGUUGUAGAAUUGUAUACCUGCAUAUAAAGCUCCUUUUUCCAGUAAUGUGAGUCUAUGAUAAGGGAUAUUGUAGUUGAACUUGUUUCUGAUGUCAAAGUUGUGGGAUAUGUUAAAUGGUUGAAAGUACUGCUUAUUGGUAAAUACGAGUUUGAGACACUCAUAUAUGCAUAGAGCUGGUAUAGUGAGUAACUUUAGCGAUUUAAAAUGACUCCUGCAUGAUUUAGAGUAUUUUAAUUGCUUCAUGACACGUACUGCUUUUUUUGUAUUAUAAAAACUUCAUUAAAAGAACUACUACCUCCCCAUACUAUGAUGUUAUAUCGAACUCUCGAAUAAAAAUUAGAAAAAUAAAAAACAUUGAUGUUAACAUUUUUUACAAGAAUUCUCAAACCAUAGCAAGCUCUGCUUAGUUCUUUGCAAAGAUUCUCGAUAUAUGUGGAAUCUAAGUUUUGGCGUCAUCAGUCAACGGUUUUGGUCAAUCCAUACCCCUAAGCAUUUGACAUACUCAGAAAAGGGUAUCAGAUGUUCAUUUAGGUUAAUAUUGUCAGGUGUGUCUGGACCUCGGUUUGUUUUAAAGAAUACAGCUUUAGUUUUUUCAGGAUUUAAAACUAGUCUUGAAUUCAAGAACCAGUUUUCUACUUCUGACAUCAAAGAGUUACCUGCCAGAACUAUUUCAGGUAAAUUUCGGGCAGAAACCAACAGUGUACUGUCAUCUGCAUAAUUAAUAAUGAAUUCCUUAGUUUUAACAACUGAUGCCAAAUCAUUUAAGUAGAUAAUAAAUAUUAGAGGUCCCAGAACCUGGGCACUGCCAGAGGCUCUGACCGCACAUAUUGCAUUGUUCUGUCCUUAAUUUUUAGUGCAUGUGCAGUAAUGUAGCUCUUUAACCAAUUUAAUUCCACACCUCUAACCCCGUAGUGUUCAAGCUUCACAAAUAAAACAUCAAACUAACGCAGCCAAAGGCCUUGCUUAAAUCCAGAAAAAUCCCACAUGAGACAUUCCCAGCAUCGAAACAAUUAUAUAUCUCAUUAGUUAAUUCAAAUAGAGCAGUCUCGGUGCACCUACCUUUAAAGAAACCUUGCUGGCUACGGCUGAAUAAUUCUUCAUUAAGGAAAAAUUGAAACAGCUGAUCAUGCACAACCAACUCAAAAAUUUUUGAAAAUGAGCUAAGUAGACUAAUUGGUCUAUAAUUAUCAAAAGAAUCGAAAUCAUUGAACAAACACUCAGUCAGUAACAGCUGUUAAUUGUAAAAUGAUAGCCAUUAUUUGAUCCCUGGGUCAAUUUUAAAUUUGUAAUGUGUUUGUUCAAUGAUUUCUCUUCAUUUGAGGUAUUUACAACUAUGAGACGAUAGCUCUGAUGAUGGCAUUUAAAAUGCUGAAAGUACUUAGCUGAAUUAUCAUAAAUUUCUUUACACACUAUCAGUUUUUGAAAACAUACACCAGUUCCCGUUUUGAUUUUUAUCUCUGACGACUAGAUGUAGAUAAGAUUUACUAUUAUAAAUUUGAAAUAUAAUGUAAUUUAACAAUAAUUAUUUUUAUAAUACAC